UCCAGACACCAGCCCUGGACGCCAAGCCUGGCCCCUCUGGUCCCAGCAGCCUGGCCAGCCUGGCCAGCAUGCAGCAGCAGCCCCUGCCUGGGCCCCAGGCCCCUGCAGCCGAGCCGACCAAGCCCCCCUACAGCUACAUAGCCCUUAUUGCCAUGGCCAUCCAGAGCUCACCUGGGCAGCGGGCCACACUCAGUGGCAUCUACCGCUACAUCAUGGGCCGCUUCGCCUUCUACCGCCACAACCGACCUGGCUGGCAGAACAGCAUCCGUCACAACCUGUCACUCAACGAGUGCUUUGUCAAGGUUCCCCGUGAUGACCGCAAGCCAGGCAAAGGCAGCUACUGGACACUGGACCCCGACUGUCACGACAUGUUCGAGCAUGGCAGCUUCCUGCGCCGCCGCCGCCGAUUCACCCGGCGGACAGGUGCCGAGGGGACCAAGGGCCCUGCCAGGGCACGUCGUGGAUCCCUUAGAGUGACCAGCCAGGACCCAAGGGUCCCCAACACCACAACCAGCAGGCAGUGCCCAUUCUCACCAGAGCUACCAGGCCCCAAAGACACAAGCUUUGGGGGUCUGUUGGGGGCCUUGCCAGCCAGCAUGUGCCCAGCAACCACUGAUGCCAAGCCUCGGCCAUCCAUUGAGCCCAAAGAGAUUUCUAUGCCCAAGCCUGCAGGCCCAGGGGAGCACCCUGUGGCCACCUCAUCUUCCCCGUGCCCAGCAUUUGGCUUUCCUGCUGGCUUCUGCCAAGCUGAGGGCUUUAACAAGGCCCCCACACCUGCCUUGACCUCUGAGGCAGGCACUGGGAGCAGCUACCAAUGCCGUUUGCAGGCGCUGAAUUUCAGCAUGGGGACUGACCCAGGCUUGGAGCACCUUUUGGCCUCAGCAGCCCCCUCCCCUGCACCCCUCACUCCUCCAGCCUCACUCCGGGCCCCACUGCCCCUUCCAGCUGACCCCAAGGAACCCUGGGUUGCAGGUGGCUUCCCUGUGCAGGGAGGCUCCAGCUAUCCACUGGGGCUGACCCCCUGCUUAUACCGGACUCCAGGAAUGUUCUUCUUUGAGUGAAGGCAGCCUCAAUUCGGGCGGUCCCUGCAGGGCUUCCACUAACUGCAUCCUCCAGGCUGAGCCUGGCUCUAGGACCUGGAGAGCUCGCGAAGGAACCAUCCCUGGCAAGCUAAGGACAACCAGGACAGAAAGCCAGGAUUAAAGCAGCGAGCAAUCAGCCAAGCCUCUGGGGCCUCCGCACAAAUCUGGGGUGAGGGGAAGAGGGGCCCCUUGGGAGUGACUCUGUGGCUCUCAAGGCCAAUAAAGGCAGUGUGAUGAUGAGG